CCGCUUUGAUCUUCUUUUCUUCCAUCACCAUCUAUUUAUGUUCAUUAUCAGCAAUGUCAAAAAGACCUAGUCCUGGUGUGGAUAGAGCACGCAGUCCGCCAAAUAAGGCCGUGUCUGUUCCUCCGAUCCGAUUUGCAACAGAACAACAGGACAAAAAGUAUCAGCAACAAGCAAACAAAGUUGCAACAAAGCAAGGCAAAUCGGUAAAGGUAAAGCAAAGAUCAAGAGGAGGAGGUUUCUUUUCUUGGCUUUUCCGACUUGCAUUCAGGUUGCUCUCGUAUUAUACAGUCUUUUGCGCUUUGUUCACUUGUGGAUCGCAUCCGUUCAGCUUUGAUUAUUCCACAAAAGAUCAAAGAGCAGUCUGUCGCAAUUUAGCACAUGCAAAGAUUCGACUUGUACCCAUCGCUACACCCAUACUCAAAGAUACAUAUGCUCAUAUCGAUCCGUAUGCGGGACCAUACAUUCGUGCAGCAACACCUGUCGUGCAAAAAGCAUAUAAGAUCUCCAAACCGCAUUAUAUUCGUGCAUACAAGUAUGGUAAUGCAUUGUACAAGAAACAUGUUGAUCCAGCUCGCAAACGUGCUAUCAAAAGGGCACAUGCCUAUGCCGAUCCUCACGUAAAGAAGCUGCAAAAGGAAUACAAGAAGCAAGUUCAACCACACGUUGACAAUUUGCACAAAACCGUCAAACCUUAUCGUGAUAUUUACACACGAGACGUUGCUCCUUAUGUCAAACAAGCUCAUAUCCAAAGCAUUGCGGCAGCCUAUGCAUCUCAUCAUAUCUAUGUGCAUCAAGUUCAUCCUCACAUCUUGACUGGAUUCAAGCAUUCACGUUCGUUUUAUUUCAAUCAUUUCCUUCCUGCUGUAAGACGUGCUUAUGUGCUUUAUAUUCAACCGCAACAGGAUAAGAUCACCGCUCGUAUUUUUGGAUACACACCUGAUCGUACCGUCAAAGUGGAGAAACCAACGCCUAUGCCAGGUAGCAGUAAGGAGAGUGUCGCGAGCGUUGUUGAAACUGUACAAGAAACAGUAAAGAGUGCAGCAUCAGGACCGAUUGAGACAGUGAAAUCGGCAACAGAAGCAGCUUCAUCGUUGUUAGCUGAAACAUUUGAACAAAGUGAAGGUGAUGAAGAUGAAGAAGAUCCAGAAGAAUUGGAUAGACAAUUGGACGCUGAGGUUGAACAAGUGACUGCAGAACUAGAAUCUUGGGAAAAGGGUAUGAGCAAAUUGAUUCGUGAAGAGACAAGAGCUCACAAGCAAAGAAUAAAGCAGGGCACAUUGGACGAUGCAGGUUUGGAGCAAGCAAGAAAUGCAAGUGUGGUUUCUGUUCGUCGUUAUUUCCGCAAAGCAAGAAAAGCAUUUGAGAAAGUGAUGGAAGAUGUCAAGUUUGAAGUAACUGUUGAUGACUUUGAAGGAUGGGAUAGAGGCCUUAACGUACGUGUGAAGCUUUUUGCUCAAGAUCUCAUUCAAUUGGAGAAGGAAAUGUUGACCAAAAACACACCAAUUCCUGCCGAACCCGAAGCUCAAGAAAGUGCUGCAACUGAGCCAGAGAAUGCACACUUGGUUGAAAAGCUAGCAGCUCAGAAGCCAUUGGUCGCCGAAUCUCAAACAUCAUUCGAGACAGAAACGAUAUCCGAGGUGAUACAAGAAGAUUCUCCAGCAGAGCCUAUCGUCAUCGCACCAGAAUCAUCAGCCUCAUCUUCACCAGAAGUCGAAGCUGAUUUGUCGGGAACCGCUAAGUCAUUUGAAGAUAAAUCUACAGAAGAAGAAGCUCCGGUCAGUGGAUCUCCUUCCGAAGCAGAGGACCCAACAUUUUCCAUCCUGCCGAUCGAAGUUGCCGAUGAGAAAGGAACACCAGCAAAGGCAACAGAAGUAGAAGAUGAGAAGGAGCCUUCGUUCUCCAUUCUGCCUAUCGAGGUUGUGGAUGAAAAGGGAACACCCGCUGAGAAGAAAGAGAAGCCAGCUCAUGAAGAGCUAUAAUACCGAACAUUACACAAUCAUUUAUACUAUUUAUUUAAAGCAUGCAUGAAAAGAAUUGGAAUUG